AUGGAGGAUCCCGAGAAGAAGCUGAGCCAGAAGAGCGACAGCAAACCCCGGAAAGUACGCUUUAAAAUCUCUUCCUCCUACAGUGGCCGGGUGUUGAAGCAGGUCUUUGAGGAUGGACAGGAAUUAGAGUCGCCAAAGGAGGAAUAUCCUCACAGUUUUCUCCAAGAGGCCCUUGAACCAGUGGAUGGUGUUUACAGGUCUGGGGAAGCCCCCAAGCCCCGACCGUGCUCCCCCAAGCUGACUGCUCAGAGGAUCAGCGUGGUUAGAGAGGGCAGUGCCUACACUUUGGCAGGCAGCCAGCCUUUCUUCAACGAUUACAAGGCGAAUGACCAUAAGUCCCCGCCUAUUAUAGAUUUUGGAAAGAUAAUCAUCUACACAAAUAACCUGAAAAUCAUUCGAACUCCAAUGGACAAGAGAGACUUCAAGAGGAAGAUUCUCCAGAAGGAAGAGGAGGCUGAGGAAGAGUCUCUGAUGAGCAAAGAAGGAAUCUAUGGAGACCAGAGCGAUGGGCCUUUGCCGGAGACGGAAGGCACUUUCCCCCAUAACCGGUACCCACAGGAAGGGGAGCUUCCCGAGGACAGCUGUUUUCACUGCCGAGGGUCGGGCAGUGCCCCCUGCUCUCUCUGCCACGGCAGCAAGUUCUCGAUGCUGGCCAACAGAUUUAAGGAGUCCUAUCGGGCCCUGCGGUGCCCUGCCUGCAACGAGAAUGGCCUGCAGCCUUGCCAGAUUUGCAAUCAAUAG